AGGCGAGGUUUCUCUAAUAGACUUACUAGACCGGGAGAAUAAGACCUACCACAAUUUAACGUUAUGUGUACGUGACGAGAAUCCAAAUCACAAUGACACAACCUUCCUCUUAGUCACAGUUACUGACGUUAAUGACAAUAACCCUGUAAUUACUGCGAACGACUCCAGUGUAAUGAUUCUAGAGGAGGAAGCAGGAGGUGUAAUGAUUACGUACGUGACGGCCACAGACGAAGACGACGGAACAAAUGCAGAAUGGACCUAUACAAUUGUUGACAGACUGUCUAAUGAGUUCACAGUUGAUGGCGCAACCGGUGAAGUGACAACUCUAAGAGCGUUUGACAGAGAAGAACAGGAUACGUAUGAGGUAUAUAUUCUUGCUGUGGAUCAUGGAGAAUCACAGACUUGUAGCUUUGAGCCUGAUAUCGGUGUAGCAGAGGAAUACGAAGAACAACCUAUAGGAACAAUUAUUUAUAACAUGUCCACCGUCAGCAGUGCUACCUCAUUUGAAAUAGUAGAUGACUCUGAUUAUAAUGGGUUGUUUGUCAUAGACGACGUAUUUGUAGAGUGGGGAGAUGUGUACGAUCAUGAUGAAGACUGUGAUGAAAAACAGUUCAUCGUCUACAUUGAUUGUGAUAGCGACUCGAGAGAAAUGUUCACUUUAACAAUUGAUAUUUUUGACGUAAAUGACGUGGCUCCUGUUUUUGAAAAAGACAUUUAUUCUACCAAAGUAAAUGAGAUGACACCGGUUGGUACACUUGUAUUUGACGAUUUUAGCGCAACUGACGACGAUUGUACUAAAGGCUCGCUGCUAUACUACUUAGACGGACCAGGGUCGAGUCACUUUAAUAUCCCUGCAACAUCAAAUGCCGAAAUAUUCCUCGCCGAGCCCCUCGAUUAUGAGCUGGAAAAAUAUUACAAUCUUACUUUGAUUGUAUAUGAUGGUAAAGAUGCCGAAUCUCGAUUGAACGAUACGGCCAUAUUAUAUAUCCAAGUCGAUGAUGCAGAUGACAUGAGUCCAGCAUUUCAGGAUAUAGUUUACACUGAUAGCGUAUAUGAAAAUGUCACUGGUCCACUGAAUGUUGCCAUCGAUGCCUUCGAUUUGGAUUUGGGAAUAAAUGAGUCCGUUUAUUAUAGCUUUGCAGACCCUGACAGAGAGAAUACAACGAUAUUUGAAACAGAGUACUUCCACAUUGAUACCUACACAGGCGUUUUGACGGUGAUCAAAGAACUCGACAGAGAAGCUAUGCCGACUGGCACGAUUACGGAAGUUUUUGACUUCACUGUCGAUGGCACAACCGGUGAAGUGACAACUCUGAAAGCGUUUGACAGAGAAGAACAGGAUACGUAUGAGGUGUAUAUUCUUGCUGUAGAUCAUGGUGAAAGUCCUCGUUCCGGACAGACUUAUGUGACAGUUACACUAGCUGAUAUCAACGACAAUCCACCAGUGUUUGAAUCAGAUUCUUAUGAAGCAGCUGUACCGGAGCAGACAUUAGAUGUUUUCGUCAUUACUGUGAAGGCUAAUGACAUUGACGCAGAUGAAAAUGCCGUUGUGAGUUAUGCCGUUGUUGCUGAAAAUGGUACAGACUAUGAAUACUUUGAUGUAGAUCAGACAACUGGCGAUGUGUAUAUUACAUCGUUCGUGACGAUAGAGGAUGUGGGAGAGAGGCUAACAGUGAAGAUAGAAGCAUAUAAUGAGAUACCUUAUGCAUCUGAUGAUAUUGUCAAUGGUACAACAAAUAUUACAGUCACAUUACUGGUGUACGCGAUUGAAACAGAUACGCCCGAAAAACGGAGAAGUGAAUAUUCUACUGUGUCGAUCACUGUUCUCGAUAUCAACGACAACUCACCGCAAUUCACAGGAGAGCCAUAUAGUGCAAGUGUCAGUGAAGACAUCACAGAAGAAACAUUUCUAAUAACGGUCGAAGCUGUGGAUGACGAUCAAGAUGCUAAUAACUACGAAGUAGAAUACAGUAUAUGGGGAGUGACUGAUAGCGGAAUGGACAAUUUUAGAAUCGACAACAGUACUGGAGAUCUGUAUAUAAAUAAUGAUAAUGGGUUAUUAGACGCCGAAACUGUUGAUAGUUAUGUUGUUAUUGUCAUGGCAACCGACAAAGGGGAUAUUCCAAGAUCCAAUCUUGCAGAAGUGUUUGUCGAUAUCAGCAAUGUCAAUGAAGAAGUGCCCAUCUUUCUUAAUGACCCGUACAAUGCAAGCAUCAGUGAGGGCGCUCUGAUCGGUGCAUCGGUGUAUCAAGCAACGGUUAGUAUCAAAGGCGAGGUUUCUCUAAUAGACUUACUAGACCGGGAGAAUGAGACCUACCACAAUUUGACGUUAUGUGUACGUGACGAGAAUCCUAAUCAUAAUGACACGACCUUCCUCUUAGUCACAGUAACUGACGUUAAUGACAAUGACCCAGUAAUUACUGCGAACGACUCCAGUGUUAUGAUUCCAGAGGAGGAGGCAGGAAGUGUAAUCAUUACGUACGUGACGGCGACAGACGAAGACGACGGAACAAAUGCAGAAUGGACCUACACAAUCGUUGACAGACUGUCUAAUGACUUCACUGUCGAUGGCACAACCGGUGAAGUGACAACUCUGAAAGCGUUUGACAGAGAAGAACAGGAUACGUAUGAGGUGUAUAUUCUUGCUGUAGAUCAUGGUGAAAGUCCUCGUUCCGGACAGACUUAUGUGACAGUUACACUCGCUGAUAUCAACGACAAUCCACCAGUGUUUGAAUCAGAUUCAUAUGAAGCAGCUGUACCGGAGCAGACAUUAGAUGUUUUCGUCAUUACUGUGAAGCAAUACAAUGCAUCCAAUGACUAUGGACCAGAAUUCAGUGCCACAUCAUAUCCUAUGAACACUGCAGAGAAUGACUAUAGUGGUGCUGAUAUCGAUGUGACAGUUGGCUGGGUAUAUGCAACUGACUUUGAUGGCCAAGUUGUUGGAUAUGAUAUACUAUAUGGUAACAAAAACAACCAAUUCAAUAUAUCGAUGAAUGGCAGUAUUACAACAGCAGGAGAGAUAGAUCGAGAGACUCAACCUCUUCACAAGUUAUAUGUCAUUGCUGUGGAUGAUGGGAUACCUCCUAGAACUGGGUUGACACAAGUUGUGGUGGAAGUUGAUGAUGUAAAUGAUAAUAUUCCCAAGUUUGUGCAAAGUACAUAUAAUGUGACAGUUAGAGAAGGAACACGUGGGGUUAUUGUCAAUGUCACGGCUGUUGAUGACGACAUUGAUGUGAAUGGUGAUGUAUAUUACGCAUUCACCAGCAAUACUAGUAGUGAGUAUGGUAUUGGAAUCAAGGAUAACACUGGUGAGAUUUACUUAGACGAGGUCCUGUAUGCAAAUGAGACUGACACCAUCAAGCUGGAGGUAGUUGCAUACAAUGUAGUGCCAUACGUUGGUUAUAGCGCUACCAACGACACAACAUUAGUAACGAUAAUUGUUGAGGGACCUUGUAACAUGUUUGAUCCACAGUUUGAUGAAGACUCCUGGAGUUUCUUGGUGUCUGAAGACGAUCCUCAUCCUAAUAUUGGUAGAUUUGUCGGUAAUGUCAGUGCUUUUGAUCCAGAUCUUCUCUAUCCUAUUACUAUAUAUGAUAUCAUCUAUGGCAAUGAGGAUGAAAAGUUCAGUAUUUCUGAUGAUGGUGUCAUCACAACUGCUGAGGUUCUUGAUAGAGAAGAGAAGAAUGCUUAUACUUUGACUGUAAGCGGUGAAGAUGAAGGAGUGCCUUCAAGGACGUCUGUGACAGAAGUAGUAAUCACAGUGGAUGAUCUGAAUGACAAUCCACCAGAGUUUGUUGAGGUUGAAUAUUCAGGAACAAUAGAUGAAAACUCUGUUGCUGGUGAAUUAGUGAUUAUUCUGCCGGAGAUGAUAGUAACUGAUGAGGACAUUGGUACGAAUGCUGAGAUCAAUUUACGUCUUAAUGGCGCUGACAGUGAUCUAUUCAAUGUGACCUUUGAACCUGAUUCUGGCUUUGCGAGAGUGACAGUUUCAGGUGAUGGAGAUCUAGAUCGAGAAGAUGUAGAAAUGUAUCAAUUUACAGUAGAAGCCAGCAACGCUGCUGAUUUUGCUGUUAUUUCAUCAGUACCACUGAACAUAACCCUGAUUGACAAUAACGAUAACGCACCAAUAUUUGACGAGACAGAGAUUUUUGAAGUCAGCGAGGUGGAGCCAAUAGGUUACCCAGUUGGAACAGUGACAGCUCAUGAUGCAGAUGCAACAGAUAGGAAUAAUGGCAUUCAUUAUUACUUUGUUGAUGGUGAUUAUGGGAAAUUUGACAUAGAUCGUGAAACAGCGUACAACUCUGGAAGAGACCAGAACUUGGAGGAUUAUACAAUUGUUACUAUUGAAAUUGGUGAUUAUUACAAUGUACCACCUUACUUCACUAGACCUUUUUAUCGAGGCAAUGUUUCUGAAGAUGCUGAUGAUGGCGAUUACGUGAUGACUGUUGAUGCAGAAGACUACAAUACUAUAGAAGACUAUGGUGAACUGACAUACAUUAUUAGCCCAGAUGAUGAUGUCCCGUUCAACAUCAAUGCAACUACUGGAGAUAUAUACGUAGACACUUUAGGUGCUGGCUUAGAUAGAGAAGACAUAUCACAGUACAAUUUUAGCGUCAUUGCCAUAGACGGUGGAAACCUGAGUGCUUCAGUUCCAGUAAGGAUUGACAUUGAUGAUGUCAAUGACAACAAUCCCAUGUUCUACAAAGAUGCUUACACCACAGCUGUAUGGGAUGGAAGUAGAGAGGGUAUGAUAGUGCUUAUCGUAACAGCCAGCGAUGAUGAUGAAGGCAUCAAUGCUGAGAUCCGUUAUUCACUUUCUGGUGCAGGUAGUGAAUACUUCAAGAUUGAUGAAGUCACUGGGCUAAUUCAAGUCAACCAGACUAUAAACAGUGACCAGAUGUUGGCUGACGGUGUUGUGGAUGAGAUUUUUGUGGAAGAUGACGAGAAUGGAAAUACAACUCUAUACCGCAUGACCAUUCAAGCAGUUGCUACUGAUCUUGGAUCUCCGCCACUAGAGGGAACUGCUGAUGUGACAAUUAUCAUAUAUGACUCACUUUGGGCUUCUCCGGAAUUCAAUCAAACUACAUACCAGGAUACAGUGAUGGAAAACCUUCCAGGAGAUUCAUACGUGACAACUGUAUAUGCCGCGAUGAUGCUGGAUGAUAACAAGAUAAACGUUACGUACGAUAUGGUGGAAGAACACGAUAAAUUUCAAAUCAAUCAUAUCUCUGGUGUGAUAACAACUAAGAAGCCACUUGACAGGGAAGAUAGAGAUAUCUAUGACAUCACUGUCAUAGCUAUAGCUCGUAUGGUUCCUAACCCACAGACAUGUACCACUGUUACCAUAGUGAUUGAAGAUGAAAAUGACAAUGCUCCUCACUUCAACUCAUCUGAUUACUCUUUUGGUGUUUCUGAAGAUGCUGUAUUCGGUUUAACAAUUGGGGAUGUUGUUGCUACGGAUAUUGACCUGGCAGAAAAUGCGAACAUAGAGUACAGUAUUAUUGAUGGGGAUGAUGUGAAUGGUGAAUUGGACAGAGAAAACUAUCCUGAAUAUAGCUUGACAGUUAUGGCUCAAGACAAUCCCCUGGGUAAUGUCAGAUUGAAUUCUACAGUUGAGGUGCAUGUUGCUGUAUUAGAUGCUAACGAUAACUCGCCAACAUUUGUAGACACACCAUAUGAAGGAACAAUAUCAGAAAAUGAUCCUAUUGGAAAAUCUAUUGUGACGGUGGAGACUGAAGACCCUGACUUUGGAAUGAAUAAUUUAACUUUGUACUCAAUAACUAAUGGACGACAAGAUCUGUUCCGUGUAGAAGAAUAUUCUGGUGUAGUGAAAAACGUAAUUGAGCUAACUGGUCAUUCUGGACGCACUUACGUAUUGAAUGUUGAAGCUUACAAUGAAGAUGAUCCAAGCUUGUCUAACAUGACAAGUGUGACGAUCGUUGUCACUGAUCCUAUUCCUGAUGAGGAAAAACUCUUAUUUGAGCAGGACAUCUAUCGCGAGACAAUCAGUUACGUGCACAGCGUUGAUGAUGUAGUAAUAACAGUUACCGCUACCUAUGGUGGUGAGGAGUCUGAGCACACAGUAUAUGAAAUCACCGAGCAGAACUAUUUAAAAUCUAAAAAUGACACACCAGUGGUAGUAACGGAGGAUGUAUUUGUCAUCAAUGCAACUACUGGUGACAUCACUUUAAAAGAUCCACUAGACGAGUCAGAGGUUGGACAGUAUACAUUAAGUGUCAAAGCAACUGAUGAAUCAGUAGAUGAUAUGUUUGAUACAGCAGAGAAUACCUCUGUUAACACCUCUGUGAUUUGUAUAAAUGCUACGGAUAUGGAUGAAGGACCAGAAGGUGUCAUAGUACGGUAUGGAAUUCUUGCUGUCGGUGGUUACACUAGGAAUGGGCUAGAUAAAUUUACUAUCAACGAGACAUCAGGUGAAAUAUUCACUGCAGACACAUUUGACUUUGAUGAAGCAGGGGAACGAUAUUAUCAGGUUCUUAUUUAUGUUGUUGAUCCAAGUUAUACUAACAACCCUCCUGAAUUCACUGAAGAUGUAUAUACUGGUGAGGUAUAUAGUACCGAUCCUUUAGGUACUUUUAUUGUACAACUGAAUGCUACCGAUCCAGAUUACCCAUUGUUGGGAUAUGGGGAUACUACGACAGAGUUUUACGUGGAUGAAAACAUUGAAGCCUCAGUUUACAUUGGUAAAGUGCACGCUGUUGAUAUAGACAGUGGUAAUAACUCUCAAGUAGUAUAUCAAAUUCAGAGUGGAGACAUUGAUAAGUUCCGAGUAGAUGAGAUGACUGGUCAGAUCUAUGGUAUUACAAGCUUAGAUGCUGAAGAAAAUACCGUAUACACACUGACCAUAUCAGCAACCAACUCAUAUGCCGUGUGGAAUUCAGACUACAACGAUGAGAUAAGUGUCACUAUCACAGUAGAUGAUAUAAACGAUAACACGCCUCAGUUUGAGAAUUUGCCAUAUACAGAGAGUAUCUCUUUUACAUCAACUGUCGGCACGGUGAUAUUCACUGCCAUGGCAACAGAUGCAGAUCAGAGUGAAUUGAACAGUAAAGUUCAAUAUGGUUUGGAAGCUUUUAAUGAUGACACUGAACCACUGAAAUACUUUAGCAUCGAUGUUACCACUGGAGUUGUAACGCUAGCUGCUCCUUUAGAAGACAAGGACGGAAAUUACUUGUUCAGUGUAGUGGCAUAUGAUGAAGGAUCUCCAAGAGAAAUGAAUGUCACUACAGCCAAAGUAUAUGUAACUGAUGAAAGUAACCAACCAAUCUUCUGUGAUGACUAUUAUAGGUAUAUUAUAUUUUACUCACACCAUUUUAUAAAUCUUAUACUGUUUGAUCUGAUUCAUAUUCUGCAUUUAAGAGAAUACUGUAUUGCAGAGUCAGGAUUCCAUCCUUCUUAUAUCAAUCAGAAAUUGGAGGAGUUCAGACUGGAUUUACAAAGUGCCUCACAUUAUCGCAUAGAUAUCAUUUUAGUGAGUCCAGCUGAUAAUCAGAAUUACACAGAUGUCUGGUUCUACGCUUUGGAUAACUCUGAUUACUCAGUAGUGCCAUAUGAAGAUUUUGUUACCAAUUGGCAAAAUCUUAAAAGCAGUUCACUAAGUAGUAGAACUAAACGCACUGAUUGCAUCUCGGAUCCAGAGUGUUUUGAAGAUAAGUGGAAAAUUAAUGACAUUGUUGGGAUUGAAGAAAAAAGAGAGAAACAACCUUACAUGCUAGAAUCUGUGGAAAUUGCUGUUGUUGUACUUGCAAUAAUCAUUUUCUGUGGGGCUUUGUUUGCGAUAUUGUUCCUGAUCGUGACUGACAGACGAGAUCGUAACAAGCUCAUGGAUCAACAAGAAAAAUGGGAUCGAGUUAUCAGAAUGACCUCUAUGCAAAAUCCGUAUGGUGCCUUGUAA